CAGUGUCAGCGGACAACCAGAACAGAACCACAGUUCCCAGAGUUCCCAGUGUUCCCAGCAGAGUAUCGGCGCGUGCGAAGGGCCGGAGAGUCCGGCGGGAAAAUGGCGUUCAAGCUGCUCCUGAUCGGUGACAGCAGAGUGGGGAAGACGUGCCUGCUGUUCCGGUUCAGCGAGGACGCCUUCAACACUACCUUCAUCUCCACCAUCGGAAUGGACUUUAAAAUGAAAAUUAUCGAACUGGACGGAAAGAAAAUCAAACUCCAGCUCUGGGACACAGCGGGCCAGGAGCAGCCCAGCGCGAUCACCACGGCCUAUUACAGAGCAGCCAUGGGCAUCAUACUGGUGUAUGACAUCACCAACAGGAAAUCCUUCGACAACAUCAAGAACUGGAUACGCAUCAUCGAGGAGCAUGCGUCCCCAGAUGUGGAGAUGAUGAUUCUGGGUAAUAAAUGUGACAUGAACGACCAGAGACAGGUGUCCAAGGAGGAAGGAGAGGAGCUCGCCAUCGAUUACGGGAUCAAGUUCCUGGAAACCAGCGCCAAGGGCAACAUCAACGUGGAGGAGGAAGUGGUGAGAUUAAAGCAGGGAGAGAGAGAGAGAAAGGAGGUAGAGGAGAACGACGAGGGACGGACGGACAGGAAGGGCGGAGGGAGAGAUGCCGAGGAUGGGGACGUAGAGAGCGAGAGACGAGAAUGGCUUUAG